CUUCAAUAAAUUAAAUAACUUUUGCCCAAUUUUCCAGUCUUCAAGUAUCAUUCGCUCAUUUUUCUCCGUUUUACUACACUUCCCUCCCAUUUUCCCUUCUCUCUAUCUUGUCCACUACCUAUCUUAUUCACUUUGUCACAAUUGAAAAUAUAUGUAGUUGAGGAAACUGUAGUUGAUUGUUUUCUCCAUCAUUGCAAGUUGUGUGCAGAACUAAACAUGGCAGCCAAACGGUUAUUGGACGGCGACGAAGCCCUGCCGAACCGAAAACAGACGAAAACUAAAUCUUCUUUUGCUUCUGUGAUAAGAGAAGUGGUUAUGGUGAAUUUCUUGGAGGAUUUCAGCUCAACUUUGGAGCCAAUGCUUCGAAGAGUGGUGAGUGAAGAAGUGGAAAAGGCGUUGAUGAGCUGCCGUCACAAGAUGCUGAGGUCAGCACCGCCGCUGAUUGCCACGUCAUCCGCACCGGGCCCACAGCUCCACCUCAGAUUCUCCCAAAAGCUGUCCCUCCCAAUAUUCACCGGCACUAAGAUUCUGGACGCCCACGGCGGCCCUUUACAGAUCCUCCUAAUCGACUCCCAAUCGGGGCCGAACAACACCAAUAUCCCCAUAACUCACGAUUUCCCCAUCAAAAUCGAGCUCGUGGUUCUCGAUGGGGAUUUCCCAAAUAAUCUCAGUAAUAAUAAUAGUGAUGAUGAUGAUAAUAACACGGUGAUGACGUGGACGGAGGAGGAGUUCGAGAAGAGCGUGGUGAGAGAGAGGAGCGGGAGGAGGCCACUGCUGGCGGCGCGUGGCGGGAGCGGCGUGGAUCUGAGGAGUUUUCCGAUGAGGGACGGCGUGGCGUGCCUCGGCGGCGGCGGUGACAUCGAGCUGACGGACAACUCCAGCUGGAUACGGAGCAGGAGGUUCAGGCUUGGGGCGAGGGUGGUGGUGGCGCGUGAUGCGGAUGGCGGUGUGGUGCGCGUGAGGGAGGCCAUCACCGAGCCUUUUGUCGUCAAGGACCACCGCGGUGAAUUGUACAAGAAGCAUCAUCCGCCAACGCUAGACGAUGAAGUGUGGCGACUUGAGAAGAUAGGAAAAGGUGGAGUUUUCCAUCGGAAACUAGCAUCCCACGGCAUUGACACAAUUCAGGAUUUCUUGAAACUCUUCACUGUCGACUCAUCCAAACUUCGAAAGAUACUUGGAAAUGGAAUGUCCGAGAAAAAGUGGCAAUCAACCUUAAAGCACGCGAAGACUUGUGUCAUGGGAACCAAACUCUAUAGAUCUCACGGCGACAACUGCACUCUCACCUUCAAUCCCAUCUGCCAACUCAUCAAGGCUGAGUUUAAUGGCCGAGUUUAUUACGAAAAUGAGUUGAAAGAUAUGCAAACAGUAAGCACUCUCUGCCUGUUCAUACCUUUCGACCCUUUUCCUCUUUCGUACAUCAAAAGCUUGGUUAAUGAUGCAUAUGCAAAAUGGAGUUCCUUGGAGGAAUUGGACGGACUCGUUCACGAGACCGCACUACUAACUCAAGGUAAGGUACUAGCGGGCCAUCAACAAUUAGUAGGCGUUAAUGGUGGCUUCUCAUCAGGAUUAGUGCACAAUUACAUGGUUAUUGAUGAUGUUGUUGAUCGAGUCUACACUGAUGAUUGGCCUCUAAGUUUCUAUUCGACAACAGAUAGGAUGACUUGUGCAUCUUACAAAAGCACUGGGGAUAUUAGAUUUUCCUCCGAGUCGUCUUCUGGAAGUGAUAUCCUCUGAAUGUAUCGGGCUAAGAAAUGAAGAGCUAAAUUUAUUUGCACCUUUAGGUACCCUUCCUAUCAUCCUAUGAGAUGUAAAUAUAUAUGAUCAGUGUGUGUAUGGUGUUGCAGUCUAUCAAAUGUAGUGUGCACUUUUAUAUUUACUAGUGAGGUGAACGUGCUCUGCACGUGAACCAUAUAAUUUGUCUAAUUGAAUUUGAAUUUGUCAUUAAGUUAAUUUGAAGAUAUUAU